AUGAAAAAAAAAUUUCCUAUAUGCACAUUAAAUCAUUUAUAUGAAUAUAGUAUAAAAGAAUUACCUUCUGAAAGAUUUUAUCAGUGGUUGGAUGAUUAUUUUAUAUCUAUACCACAAUAUUAUGGUGAUUGUAACAAACUGAGCGACCCCUACAAGGACAACGAAAAAAUUAAAAGACUUUGUAAAAAAGUUGUAAAAUAUAUUAAAUCUAAACCUUUCAUACCAAAUAUAAAACACUUGAAAGAUCAUCAUUGUAAUCUUUUCAAUUAUUGGAUAUAUGAACAAUUAGUUAGCUAUUAUGAAAAUAAUUCUCGAGAACCAUUUCACAUUUUUGGUAAUUUUCUUGCAAUACUCAGUGAGUUGGAACCUAAUCUCAAGGACAAUAAAUGUACACUUGAUUUUAAUAUUACCAUGAUUCAAGACAGAGAAAAGAUAAAAAAACUCUAUGGAUACUGCGUUGAUUAUAAAUCAAUCUUAGAAAACUAUAAACAUAGCAAAGAAAAAUGUACUAAAUAUCAUACCUAUGUCCAAGAGAAAAUUCAAUUAUAUGAAGAAUAUCAGUCAUUAUGCGCUUCCGGUGACAAAAUAAAUUGCCCAGAUUAUUAUGAAAAAUUAAACCCCCCAAUCCC